AUGGUGGCGGGGCGGGGGUCGCCAGGGGCCGUUGGGGCCGUUGGGAGCGCGGUGCCUGCCUCUGCUUUGCAGGAGAGGAGCGCGCUGCUGCGCAGGUGGUACGAGCUGGUGAUGGAGAGCCAAGACGAGCUGGCCAGGAUCAUAACGGCGGAGAACGGCAAACCUCUGAAAGAAGCACAGGGUGAAGUUCUGUAUUCGGCCUCGUUUCUGGAAUGGUUUGCAGAAGAAGCUCGCCGCGUUUAUGGUGAUAUCAUUCCAGCAUCUGGGAAAGACAGAAGAAUCCUGGUGCUGAAACAGCCAGUAGGAGUGGCAGCUGUUAUAACCCCAUGGAAUUUCCCAAGUGCCAUGAUCACACGGAAGGUUGGCGCGGCUCUGGCAGCUGGCUGCACGGUCGUGGUGAAACCUGCCGAGGACACUCCCUUGUCAGCGCUGGCUCUUGGAGAGCUCGCAAACCAGGCUGGAAUUCCAGCGGGAGUGUAUAAUGUUGUUCCUUGUUCCAGACAGCAGGCACCAGCUGUAGGGGAAGUUCUGUGCACUGAUCCUUCAGUAGCCAAAAUAUCUUUCACUGGCUCCACUGCGACAGGAAAGAUCCUGCUGAAACUCGCGGCGGGCACCGUGAAGCGCGUGUCCAUGGAGCUGGGAGGGCACGCUCCUUUCAUUGUGUUUGAUAGUGCCAACGUGGACCGGGCUGUUGCAGGGGCCCUUGUUUCAAAGUACAGAAACACGGGGCAGACCUGCGUUUGCGCAAACCGUUUCCUGGUGCAGAAGGGAAUCCAUGACAAAUUUGUGGAGAAGUUUGCUAAAGCCAUUGAAAGAGAGCUUCAUGUUGGAAAUGGAUUUGAUGCAAAAACCACCCAGGGACCACUCAUUAAUGAAAAAGCAGUGGAGAAGGUAGAGAGACACAUUAGUGAUGCGGUUUCCCAAGGAGCAUCCAUUGUGACUGGAGGGAAACGACACAGCUUGGGGAAGAACUUCUUUGAGCCAACAUUACUUAGUAACGUUACAACAAAAAUGCUUUGCACCCAAGAAGAGACAUUUGGUCCUUUAGCACCAGUUAUCAAAUUUGAGACUGAGGAAGAAGCAGUUGCUAUAGCAAAUGCAGCCAAUGUUGGGUUAGCAGGAUAUUUCUACUCUGAGGAUCCGGCUCAGAUCUGGAGAGUGGCAGAGCAGCUGGAGGUCGGCAUGGUUGGCGUCAACGAGGGCAUCAUCUCCUCCGCGGAGAGUCCUUUUGGCGGAGUAAAAGAGUCCGGCUUGGGCCGAGAGGGUUCCAAAUACGGCAUUGACGAAUACCUGGAGAUAAAGUACAUCUGCUUUGGAGGCUUGUAAACUUUCUCGAAAAAAUCACAAUCCCCAAAAGCUUGGAAAACAGUGCUGUAGUUUUAAUAAGCUUGUAGAGCCAGGAAUAUGAAUGAAUGGAACUUUCACCUGUAAAAAAUAAGUAAUCCUAUUGUGUGAGUAUGUGUAGAGAUGUUUACUAUACUCUGUGCUGCCAUAUAUUUUUACAUGUUCUAUGUUUAUACAUUUGGUUUUUCAGUAAUAGGAUGACACUGUGUUAUGUCACGUAAGGAACAGGGAAGAAUGUACAUCUGCUGGUUUUGAACAGCCCCAGCAUUACGGGGGAGAGCUUGGAGACAGGUACAUAAUGAAAACAGAUCAUCAUAGGUUAUGGAAAGGAGGAAAGAGACCCGUUUUUUCUGCUCUGAUGUUUGAGUUGGGUGGUGUAGGAUGUGAGGAAGGGAGCCUCUCUUCCAAAUUUGGUGCAAAUAACGACACUUUCUCAUGCAGCUCCAAACAUCACCCUUUUCUACAAGCAGUGUUUUUGUUUUGUUGAUUUGGAGGAGAAGGCGAUGCUUGUGAUAGGUGGGGAGUUGCUUUUAGCUACAGCUGGGCAUCCGAGCAGGCAAACACAGAGCCUGGGCCCCGCCGGUGCCUGGUAGCGGUGCAGGGGCUCAGGCUGAGCUUCUCCUCAGAAGAGAGCGCUGGCAGCUUCAAAGGCUGGGCCAAGUCAGGCCUCGCUCGGUGCAGGCGUGAGGCCCAGGAGUGCACAGGCUUGCUGCCCUCGUGGGCAGGGGUGGCAGGAGAGGAUGCUGAGGGGCAAUAAUUUCCAGCAGUGCAAGGGGUCCCAAGUGGUAACAUAAUGACAAAUGAACAUUUCCUUUGUGAACUGAACGGGGCUGUUCUGGGGAUGAAGGAAGGUCAUCGGCAUAAACGUUGCUCCAGCUCUGAAGAACUUUACCCUGCCCUUCCAAAGUGAGCAGAUGGUUGGGUUCCUCUGCGUGCCUUGAUGUAGGGUUGUUGUCCUCAUUGUUGCCAACAUCCAUUAUUGAGGAAGGUUAAAAAAAAAAAGCCUUUAAACUCGUCUGCUUCCUAGGCUAAUGAAGACUGGAAUAGGAAGGAGCAGAGGUGAGAUUUUUAUACAUCACCUCAUUCUUUUAACUGCCAUCUUUAAAAGAGGAUGUGAAGUUUCCUUAAUGUGAAUUAAGCAAUAGUGUUCAAACAUUAUUUCAAUGGAAGUAAAAAGAAAAGCACUUUAAAAAAAAGGACAACUUUAAUUUGUUAAUUAAGCCAGCAUUGCAGAGGUAAAGUGGAAGACAUUUUAUUUCCUUUGUUGGUUCACUUCUAUUUCGUGAGGCUUUAGUAAUUAAUUAUGAAAACUAAAUACAAGAAGGCAGGAGAGCCUUAUGAACUAAUGAAUGUACCUAUGAACUAGGCCAGUGGUAAGCACAAAAAUAGUAGGUGUAGAGAAGGCUGCCACAUACUGUAAGACAUAACUUGGUGGGAGGUAGAAAGCAAGGCCGAAUAAGAGUUUCAUAGGGUUUUUUAAAGCGCACAUAAGGUAGUAUUGAUUGCUACUCAUUAUUUCUGAGUAUUUGUUAUGGUUAUGGUAAAUAUUUGUGCAACACCUGAAACCUUCUCUAUCGGUAAGAAGGGCUGGGUGCAUCAUGUUGGCCACAGGGCACAUAAAGGACAGUUGCUGUCUUUCCAAAAAUUCUUACUGCAUAGAGCUAUGGAUUUAAGAUAGCAAGGGCUUAAUGUCAUUAUCGGCUGCAGCAGGAACCAACAGAAAAGAUGACACAGUUCUGUGAUAGCUAUAAGACGUUUUCUUGUAGCCCACUCAGCUGCUGAGCACACAGGCUGCCCCCAGGUCAGCAUCAGCUGCUAAAAUUUGUUUAUUUCUUCCUGGAAAGAGAGAGUUUAAUAUUAAAGUUGCCUCACUGCUGUAUGAGGGUACAGCCUUUCAUGUAGGUGCUCAUCUCAGGACAGUGAGGUCAGAGGGUACCUUCUUUUACCUGCCCCUUUAUGAGUUGCAAAACUCUUGCUUUGGUGCAUUUAACAGUGCUAUUCUCAGAAGAGACACCAGGAUUUUAAAAGUAGUGGGUAAAUAUUUACCUUUCCCCAGCACAAAAUAUUUUACUACACCUGAUAACAAGCACAAGCCAUAAUCAGUGAUAACUCACAUAAUAAACUUCAAAAAUAUCUUUGUCUAGAUUGGAUUAUGGUUGGAUUCCGACAUAGUUGCCUUGGGUAAAUAAGGUCUACAUCAGUAAGCACAGAAUAAUCUUAAGUUGUACUCAUAGCAAAAGCUGUGAUUCUUUAAUGAAAGAUAUACUUGAAUUCUUAAACUUCA